GCGCUUCAGUGUACGGCAAAACUCUGGCGAGCUGUCGUCGUCAUUCCGUCGUUCCCCCUCCACGUUGCCUCCCUCGUGGUGGCUACGAUUCAAUGUAUAAUUGCUCAACUCGCUCUGCUAGUACUACUGGUAUGGGACUCCCACUUGAGUUUUGCAAACAUCAACCCCGAUGCACAGCCAGGUUUGAAGGUCCGUAUCUCACGGACCGUCAAGCAGGUAUGGGGUUGGCUCGCCAAGUACGAAUUGUUUGUUCAAUUCGCUUCUUUCCUCUUCUGCAGGCUUGUACCGGGUGGGCCUCCGUGGCUAUAUGUCGUCGCCUGCCGACUGUUUCUUCUAACAAUCAUCAUAGCCCAGUCAACCAUGGAGUGGGUCUUGGUGUGGGUUUUGGUUGGGGCCGCAUUCGAGUUCGCCUGCUUCACCUUUGGCCGAGGCCUCCUUGUGCUCGUGCAUCUGGACCGUUUCUGGGCCUCGAUCCCGGUUAUUCUGCCACUGGCGGGCUUGGGAUCUCCAGGGGUUCGCGAAUUCCUUCAAGGGGGGAUCAACACGACCUGGGAGGACGAAAUGACUCAGAUUGGCCAAGCCUACUACUUCUUGAUGGCGUCCCGCGUGUUUCUUGGUGCGUUUACCGUGGUCGCGAAACAUAUCGCGGUGAAGCAGGACUGGGUAGCUCUCAAAUUCUGGCAAACGACCCGGCAGACGCUGUCAAUCCAUGACUGA